AGUUGUACGAAGCAAUGGAAGACGAAGAAGGUUCGUCGAGCUCGGGGCCAAUGUCGUCAUUGAACUCGCUGUUCACAUUCACGAGCCCAGCGGUGAAGAAGUUGUUGGGUUGGAAACAAGGCGACGAGGAGGAGAAGUGGGCGGAGAAGGCGGUGGAUUCGUUGGUGAAAAAGCUGAAAAAGCGCAAAGGCGCAAUCGAGGAGCUGGAGCGGGCGCUAAGCUGUCCUGGCACGCCGAGCAAGUGCGUAACGAUCCCGCGGAGUCUGGAUGGCCGGCUACAGGUGUCGCACCGCAAGGGUCUGCCCCACGUGAUUUACUGCCGAGUCUGGCGUUGGCCCGACCUACAGUCGCACCAUGAGCUCAAGCCGCUGGAGCACUGCCAGUACCCAUUCUCCGCCAAGCAGAAGGAGGUCUGCAUCAACCCCUACCACUACAAACGCGUGGAGAGCCCGGUGCUGCCGCCCGUGCUGGUGCCGCGCCAUUCCGAGUUUGCCCCCGGCCACUCGCUCUUGCCAUUCCAGCAGCUUACCGAGCCGGCGAUGCCCCAUAACGUGUCCUACUCGUCGCAGGGCUUCGCCGCCAUCAAUAAUCCCAACUCGCCGAUGUCGUCGGUGGGCUCGGUGUCUAGUCCCGGUGCGGCCCAGCAGCAGCCCAGCAGCGCCGCGGCCUCCAGUACCACCGGCGGUGUCACCGUCUCCAGCAACAACCCCAACUCUCCAUAUGCGGCCAAUGGCCUGCCAGAGACGCCGCCCCCGGCCUACUCGCCGCCCGACGAUUCAGCGCACCAGCAGCAACAGCAUCCCAGUUCCAUCCCUACGCCUGACUCCACGGUGGGCAGCGGCAUUGGCGGCAAUAACGGCGCCACGCCUAUGGACACGGUGGGCCUGGGACCCGAGGUCGCGCCUGUCUGCUACCAGGAGCCGCUCUACUGGGCCUCGAUAGCCUACUACGAGCUCAACUGCCGCGUCGGCGAGGUCUUUCACUGCCAAACUCAUUCGGUCAUCGUCGACGGCUUUACCAACCCCAGCAACAACUCUGAUCGUUUCUGCUUGGGCCAGCUGAGUAACGUCAACCGCAACUCCACCAUCGAAAACACGAGGCGCCACAUCGGCAAGGGCGUGCACCUUUACUAUGUCGGCGGUGAGGUUUACGCCGAGUGCCUCUCCGAUUCGGCCAUAUUCGUGCAGUCACGCAACUGCAACCAUCAUCACAACUUUCAUCCGAGCACUGUGUGUAAGAUUCCGCCGGGCUGCUCCCUCAAAAUUUUCAACAAUCAGGAGUUCGCCCAGUUGCUUUCGCAGAGCGUCAAUCAUGGCUUUGAGGCUGUCUACGAGCUCACCAAGAUGUGCACCAUCAGAAUGUCAUUCGUGAAGGGCUGGGGCGCCGAGUACCACCGGCAAGACGUUACGUCGACACCCUGCUGGAUCGAGACCCACCUGCACGGCCCGCUCCAGUGGCUCGACAAGGUCCUCACUCAGAUGGGCACACCACACAAUGCCAUCAGCUCAGUCUCUUAAGUGCGCGAGCACGCUAAUCCUAAAUCACAAUGCGCAACCACUCAACUAGUAGCGUCUAGAUACCUUAUCACUUAUAUACUUUGAGUCCUACUAUUUCAAUUAUAAUUGCGUUAUGUUAUUGCCGCUAUACGAGCGUCAAAAGGACUUGUUAUUACUUGGUACCGAUUGUUGCUCAUCGUCUUUGAUUUAAUCGCACAUUCAAGUCUGAGGUUUGGUACGCGCGCGGAGCCCACAGCUAUUACCGUUUACCAUUGAGCGAGUGCUAGUUAGGGUGGCGCUGCCACGAAAAAGUACAAUCUUUAUACUCUUCGAGAGAAUAACUCUUUUAUACUUUUUUUUUGUUCUUUUUCGACACAUUUUAACGAAACAAGAACAUUAAUGACAAACAAGUUGAUAAAAGUGCUAGUGAUAUGCGAAUGAAAGUAUAGAAACUUAAUAUAAGCCAGAAAUUAUAUUGAAAGAUAAAGAAAAUUAAUUUUACGAGGAUGGGUAAUUUAUUGUACAGUUCGAGAUAUAGAGAAAAAGAGACGUUUGUUUGAUACCAGGUGAUUCCUUGAUAUAGAAACGUUUAUUGCCGAUUAUUAUAAAACAAAAGUGCGCUAAGAAAUAACUUGACAAUUGAUAUUUUAUAACGACGAGUUUUGAGAUAUAUAUAUUGGUUCCGCUAAUGCAGAGAUGCCUUUUUACAAUUUUUCAAGUUCAAGCUGACAAAGUUGCAAGCUCACGAAUAACCUUAUAAUGGAGGUGCCUUCGUUUUUAACAACCUACAGUGCCGGUUAAUAAAUGCCUUUUCAAUCGAUUGUUUUCAUUGCAUACAGACAGGUCUACUACUUUCUAUGCCAAAGUUGCUGCUGAAAGUGACGAAUAGUUGACGUAAUAUACAAUUGCUAUUUUAUACAUGCUACUCUGCCUUCUUUUGCAAACGCGCUGUUGAUAUGUUUUCGAAAUCAAGACAGGCUAAGAAUUCGUGUGAGAUAGAAAACGUCUCAUUUGUUUGAAUUCUUGGUAGAACAUGCGUUUGUAAGAUACGACAAUACUUAAUAUAAAAAAUAAUAGUCUAUCCGAAAAUUAUACGUCUUUAAAUAUUGUAACGUCUAGUAUCGUAUAAAUUAAUGAGAUUAUCUAAAACUUUAAAAAUUGGUGGUAAAUUCAUUCUAAAAUAUGAAAAUUUGUAAUUUAUUUUGCGGUGAAGUUACCUUGAAAACUAGAUAAAAGUAUAAAAUAAUCAAAAACAUCAAUGUAACUUUUCUUAGUGAAUAUUAACAGAUUACGACUUAAAAAUUUUAAACCAUCCUGUAAUGGUUGAUGAACCUUUAAUGAAAAAAGUAGAAAAAAUGAUUGGAUUUGUCGAAUCUGUUUAACAAAUUGUUCAUUUAUAGUAAAAUGAAAUUGUAUUAUAUAAGUAAGAAAAUCUAUUGUGCUUGUAAAAUCAACCAUUUUGUCGAUGUAAGUUAUAUAAAAGAAAAACUUCGUAUGAGGAAAAGCGCGUCGAAUAUUACUAGUGAGUAGAAUAUAUCAUUAUCUAGUAUAAAAUGGGACAGAAAUAGUGACAUACCUAUUACAUAUAGUUUAUUGAUGUUCGUAAAUGUCCAAAAUAAUUGUAAUGGUAUAAAAACAAAUUUAUUUUUAAUUUACUCAUAAGAUAAAAUGUGAUCUUGACGAGAAUAUUUAUUUCUAUUACAAUUGAACCAAAUUUAUAUUAAUAAUUAUAUAAUAAUAGUCUUAAGAAUAUUAAAAAUUAAAUUACGAUGCUAAUUUCUGUAAUGAUGUCGCCCUCAAAUCUCUGUAACGACGAGAAAGGGUAAUCAAACAAAUCAUAAUCAGACAAUGGCAGAAUCGACAAGAUAUUCCAUUGAUCGUCGACUAAAACAUAAUCGAUCUCGAAAGCGCUUUUCCUUUAUAGAGAAUAAGUAUCAAAAAAUGAUGUCGUAAAGAGAACAAUAAUUAUGAAAUCUAUAGCAGUACUUGGCUGGCAUUACAAAGCUGAAAAUGUAAUAUCUAUAUUAUUGUGAAGAUAUUCACAAUAUUAUGAAAGCGAGCGUUGACUUAAAUCAAUUGUCGGUGUACGUAAUCGCGUACAAGCAAGUUUAUAUGUAAAUGAAUAAUAGGUGCGCGAGUCUACUUUCGGGGAUAACAAUGUGCAGCUAGAUAUCAAUUCUACGAUAGUUUAUUUAUUCAAAAUUGUCGGGUGUUUAAUAAAAAUGAAAAUAAAAAUCAAAGUGUUUCGAUGGUGAUUUACCGGUGAAAAGAAAAUGAAUCAAUUAGUCGUAACGAUUGUGUUACAAGCGAGAAUGGAAAGUGAGAUAAAGGAUGAAAAAAAGAGAUAUUUAGAGAUUCUGUAUCGAAAGUUUUAUUUUUAAACGUGAUAGGAACGUGAAUUUCCUUAUUAUCAUAUAUGUCUACGUGCGUAAUUUGUGAUUCGUAAAACAAUGUAACUAUAGAGCGUGAAAAAGCAAAAUGUUUAUGACUACAAUGGUUUGUCGAUAAUUAAUUAUUAUUAUCCUUGUUUUUGAAUGAUUACUUUAAGGGGAAAAGUAUUUGUAUCCACAUAAGUAAAAUAAUUAUUUUAAACGUUAUGCAGUAGUUAUUUUAAAUGGGAAAUGUUCAAAUGGACCAUCAAGAGUUAUAUUUAUGUUGUGCAUCUUCGAUUAUUUUGAAAGUACGUUUGAUUGUUUAUGUAAAUGUUUUUAUAAAAAAUGCAAGGGUUUUACAAAAGUAAUCUAGAAUUAUAUACAUGUACAGCUGUAAACUUUUGAAUAAUUAUAAAUUUUUGUUUCCUUGGAUUGCGUAGUAUUUGUAACAUGCGACUUCGCGAGCUAUAAUCAAGAGUGAUACAGUGCAACGAAGACAACUAAGACUACCAUACCAUACAAUUAUUGCUCUUGCUUAUACUCGUUUCUCACAAGCAUGAGUCUGGUUUUAUAAUUAUUAGAAAGUUUCAAUGUCAAUCUCUAUACAACUAAAUUACUUCUGUAAAAUGUAAUCUUAUGUAUAAGUAGUAGAUGCCAAAUUAAACAUCAGUUAUAAAGCACCAAAACCUGUACUUAUUUUCAUAACCCCACUGUCUUCCGACC